GCGGGCGGCGGGGAGGCUCCGGGCGGGGGCGGCCGAGCAGCCAUGGGGGAGGCGCCCGCGCCCGGGGACUGGGGCUACCUGGAGCGCUGCUUCGCCCGCCACCGCGUCUGCGUGUCCUUCGGCCUGUGGAUCUGCGCCUCCUGCUGCUGGGUCGCCGCCCACGCGCUGCUUCUCUAUCUGAGAUGUGGGAGGAAAUCUGGCCGGGACCAGUCAGUGCUGUGUGCUGCGUGCUGCCUCCUGACCAGCCUGUGUGACACCAUUGGGGCGAUUCUGGCCAAACAGCUCACCAUCCAGGUCUUUACCGGUGCCUACCUAGCAGCGAUCGACCUGGUGAACUUUGUGUCCCUUCUCUUCCCAGCCUGCGGCUCCAAGUUCACGUCUCAUUCGGGUCGGGGCUCCCGGGAGAGGAAGAGGAGGCGGCCGCUCAGGGCCAGCGUAUUUGCCCUGGCCCUGCCGCUGAGCCUGGGCCCAGGCUGGGCUCUGUGGGCCGCUGUCCUGAAGGCUCCGGGCCCCGUCCGAGGGCCGCAGCGGAGGCUGCUGGGGAGCCUGGUGCAGGACGAUACUGAAAUCCUCGGCUACCUGCUGGGCGGCAUCGCAGCCUUGGGCUCCUGGGCAUCCCGGAUCCCCCCACUCUCCAGAAUCUGCCGGGGUAAGACAUUUCCCUCCCUCCUCCUGUGGACCCGGCUCCUGUCGGCCCUGGCCGGCCUCCUCUACGCCUCUGCCAUCGUGGCCCAUGACCGGCGGCCUGAGUACCUGCUGCGGGCCACGCCCUGGUUCCUGACCUCCCUCGGCCGUGCGGCGCUGGACCUCACUAUCAUUUUCCUUUCCUGGGUGAUGAAGAGCAAGAUGAGACAGGCCUUGGGAUUUGCCUCUGAAGCCAGAGAGAACCUCGACACCCAAGCCCUUUUGACCUGUGCAGAGGAGGGAGAAAACCAGGAGGCAAGGACCGAGAAUUCGGAUUGGGUGCCUCUCACCACACUACCGCACUGCAAGCCGCUCAGGAGCAUGGCAGCCAUCAGUCGCUACAUGGAGCUGACCAUUGAGCCGGUGCAGCAGGCUAGCUGCAGUGCCAUCAGGCUGCCUGGAGAUGGACAGACAAGCUCGGGAGCCGCGUCCCUGCAGGAGCCCCCCUCAUACCCUCCGGUUCAGGUCAUCCGGGCCCGCGUGUCCUCCAGCAGCUCCUCCCAGGUCUCCUCCAUCAGCUCUGACCUCGAGCAGAAGUAUUGGGAGGCCCUGAACUCGGAGCAGUGGGAUCCUGAAGAUGUAAACCUUGGAGGGAACAAAGACAGCAUGGAGAUACUCAGACCCCAGGUGCACAGGUGGUCUGUGAAGCCAGUGGACUUGACCGCGGAUGAGUAAGCCUUUCUGGAGCCAGCUCAGCAGCUCAGAGCCCAAGGUCAAAGAUUUGUCAGGAACUGAGCAGAGAUCAACCUGCAGAAACAGCCACGGCAGGAACUUAAACUUCUGCUGAGGCCGCCCAUGCAAGUGAGGAACCAGGAGCUGUCACGGAGCUUGGCUGGUCUGCACCAUGGCUCAGAAUGGAGCUAAGAUUGGGCCCUGUGGAUAGACCUGGACACACCCAGAGUUUGUUCUGAAAAUUCGAAGUUCACAAACCACUCCUGCUUUGAAAUAUAAUCUAAAAUACUUUGGACCCUCUUUUCCCUUUCCCUUUGGAUUCAACCAUACUCUGAAUAUCUGCUACAAACGCGUUCACCUAACAAACAUCGAAUAUGUUUGGGUCUCAGGAAAGCCCCGCUCUGUAAGACCUGGCUGAGCCUAGAGAGGGGUGGGCCCCCGGUUUGGGGGUCUGGGGCACAAUCACAGGUUCUGACGGGACCUGGCUCCCGCCCUCCAGUCCCCUGCUUGAGUGUGCUGCUGGAAGCUGAGAGAGGACUGUGUGGUCAACCAAGUGCUUGCAAGGUCACUGGUGGUGUGAGGGCAAGCCAAGCAAACUGCUCUAGGCACCAGGACUGGCCCCAGUCUGGCAAGGUGUGUGCUGGGCGAGGGUCUGCAGGUGCGGGGAACGGUCUGCUUCAGGAGGUAAUGAAAACAUGCAAAGGGCCAGAGGCAUGGCGGGAGGGGUUAAAUCCAAGGACCGAAAUCCCCUCUCAGGAUUAUUUUGGCGCUAAGAUGGGAGGAACGCUGGCAUGAAUAAAUGCUGAGUGAG